AUGGAGCCCUCCAGAGCGCUUCUCGGCUGCCUGGCGAGCGCCGCCGCUGCCACCCCGCCGGGAGCGGACGGCGCGGGGGCCGAGGAGGAGGAGGAGGAGGAGGAGGCGGCGGCCCCCGGGGAGCUGGGCUCGGACGCGCCGCUGCCCUACUGGACGGCGGUGUUCGAGUACGAGGCGGCGGGCGAGGACGAGCUGACCCUGCGGCUGGGCGACGUGGUGGAGGUGCUGUCCAAGGACUCGCAGGUGUCCGGCGACGAGGGCUGGUGGACUGGGCAGCUGAACCAGCGGGUGGGCAUCUUCCCCAGCAACUACGUGACCCCGCGCAGCGCCUUCUCCAGCCGCUGCCAGCCCGGCGGCGAGGACCCCGGUUGCUAUCCGCCCAUUCAGUUGUUAGAGAUUGAUUUUGCGGAGCUAACCCUGGAAGAGAUCAUUGGCAUCGGGGGUUUCGGGAAGGUCUACCGUGCCUUCUGGAUAGGGGAUGAGGUUGCCGUGAAAGCGGCCCGUCACGACCCCGAUGAGGACAUCAGCCAGACCAUAGAGAAUGUUCGCCAGGAGGCCAAGCUCUUCGCCAUGCUGAAGCACCCCAACAUCAUUGCCCUCAGGGGGGUGUGCCUGAAGGAACCCAACCUCUGCUUGGUGAUGGAGUUUGCCCGGGGAGGGCCUUUGAAUAGAGUGUUAUCUGGGAAAAGGAUUCCCCCGGACAUCCUGGUGAAUUGGGCCGUGCAGAUUGCCAGAGGCAUGAACUACUUACACGAUGAGGCGAUUGUCCCCAUCAUCCACCGAGACCUUAAGUCCAGCAACAUAUUGAUCCUUCAGAAGGUGGAGAAUGGAGACCUGAGCAACAAGAUUCUGAAGAUCACUGAUUUUGGCUUGGCCCGGGAAUGGCACCGAACCACGAAGAUGAGCGCGGCAGGGACCUACGCUUGGAUGGCUCCGGAAGUCAUUCGAGCCUCCAUGUUUUCCAAAGGCAGUGAUGUGUGGAGCUAUGGGGUGCUGCUUUGGGAGUUGCUGACCGGCGAGGUGCCCUUCCGAGGCAUCGAUGGUUUGGCGGUAGCUUAUGGAGUGGCCAUGAACAAACUCGCCCUUCCUAUUCCUUCCACGUGCCCAGAACCUUUCGCCAAACUCAUGGAGGACUGCUGGAACCCCGACCCCCAUUCACGGCCGUCUUUCACAAAUAUCCUGGACCAGCUGACUACCAUAGAGGAGUCCGGUUUCUUUGAAAUGCCCAAGGACUCCUUCCACUGCCUGCAGGAUGACUGGAAACAUGAGAUUCAGGAGAUGUUUGACCAACUCAGGGCCAAAGAGAAGGAGCUGCGCACCUGGGAGGAGGAGCUGACGCGGGCCGCGCUGCAGCAGAAGAACCAGGAGGAGGUGCUGCGGCGGCGGGAGCAGGAGCUGGCCGAGCGGGAGAUCGACAUCCUGGAGCGCGAGCUCAACAUCAUCAUCCACCAGCUGUGCCAGGAGAAGCCCCGGGUGAAGAAACGCAAGGGCAAGUUCAGGAAGAGCCGGCUCAAGCUCAAGGACGGCAACCGCAUCAGCCUCCCCUCCGAUUUCCAGCACAAGUUCACGGUGCAGGCUUCCCCGACUAUGGAUAAAAGGAAGAGUCUCAUCAGCAGCCGCUCCAGCCCUCCCGCAAGCCCCACCAUCAUUCCUCGCCUUCGAGCCAUCCAGUUGACACCGGGAGAAAGCAGCAAAACCUGGGGCCGGAGCUCAGUGGUCCCGAAGGAGGAAGGCGAGGAGGAGGAGAAGAGGGCCCCGAAGAAGAAGGGACGGACGUGGGGACCAGGGACGCUUGGUCAGAAGGAACUUGCCUCCGGAGAUGAAGGCCUCAGGUCGCUGGUAGAUGGAUACAAACAGUGGUCGUCCAGUGCCCCCAACCUGGGGAAGGGCCCAAAGGGUAGCCCAGCCCUGCCAGGGUUCACCAGCCUUAUGGAGAUGGAGGAUGAGGACGGCGAAGGCCCAGGGAGCACAGAGAGUCGUCUGCAGCAUUCACCCAACCAGUCCUACCUCUGUAUCCCGUUUCCUCGAGGCGAGGAUGGGGACGGCCCCUCCAGCGAUGGAGUCCACGAGGAGCCCACCCCAGUGAACUCGGCCACCAGUACUCCGCAGCUGACGCCAACCAACAGCCUCAAGCGGGGCGGUCCGCCCCACCGCCGCUGCGAGGUGGCCCUGCUCGGCUGCGGGGCUGUGCUUGCGGCCACGGGCCUGGGGUUCGACCUGCUGGAAGCUGGCAAGUGCCAGCUGCUUCCCCCGGAGGAGCCUGAGCCACCAGCCCGGGAAGAGAAGAAGAGGCGCGAGGGGCUUUUCCAGAGGGCCAGCCGCCCUCGGCGGAGCACCAGUCCCCCGUCCCGAAAGCUCUUCAAGAAGGAGGAGCCCAUGCUGUUGCUGGGGGACCCCUCAGCCUCCCUGACACUGCUCUCGCUCUCCUCCAUCUCGGAGUGCAACUCCACCCGCUCCCUGCUGCGCUCGGACAGCGAUGAGAUUGUGGUGUAUGAGAUGCCCGUUAGCCCGGCCGAGGCCCCGCCCCGGACUCCCUGCACCCACAACCCCCUGGUCAACGUCCGAGUGGAGCGCUUCAAGCGAGACCCUCACCAGUCCCUGACUCCCACCCACGUCACCCUCACAGCCCCCGCACAGCCAAGCAGUCACCGGCGGACUCCUUCCGAUGGGGCCCUUAAGCCAGAGGACCUCCUAGCCAGCAGGAGCCCUUCCAGCAAUGGCUUGAGCCCCAGCCCUGGGACAGGCCACCAUUGCUCCGAGACACAGGGAGGCAGCCCCCGGACAUGCAUUCCUGACCUUUGGUCCACACUGUUGCCUCCACAGCAGCCACACUGGAGGUCCCCUCCCUGCUCCUCCCCCAUGUGGAGAAGACAGCUCCUGAGCCAUCCUGAUUCUUUAAAGCAGACAGCAGUGGGUGGCGGGGCUGGGCACGGUACAGCCCAGGGCUGAGCUGUGUGUCCAGCCCGCCCCUCUGUGCAUGCACAACCUUGACCUCUUCGCCAAGUCUUCUUGGAUCCUGUGCCUCGGAGUCAGGUGUGUGAGGGCCUGGUCUGGAGCUCAGAAACAUUCUUUGCAUCUUGAAGGAGCUGGGGGAGGAAGCAGGUGCUGCCGUUUGUGUGGUGCUGGGCUCUGGGGGAUGUGGGGCGGAGGUGAGAGCAGCGAGCAGUGCACUACAGCCGGUGAAGGCACCACAGCGGCAGGAACCUGGGGAUCUGAGCUGUCUGUCCACAGGCGUGUGAGUGCCCACCUCUGCCUGUGGACUGGGGAUGGCAUGCCUUCCCCCAAAGCCUCACCUUGCUGGACGGCUUCCCCUCACGGAGGACAGUGGGGGGGGGGGGGACGGCUGCAUGGCCGGGGGUCAGCCGCAGUCCAUGUCAGCCGUUCCGUGUGAUUUGGCCGAAUCCGCCGCCCGCCCCUCCCUCGUCAGGCAGCGAUGACUUAGGAACGCAUCGCCAGCUGCCCGUCUCCUUUCUGGAAAAUCAGCCUUCUCCUUGGAGAGGAAUCCAAACAAAUCAGAGUCUGCGUAUGCAAUGGUAACCCGCUGCUGCUUCGGGGGAGCCUUCAGGCUCCCGGCUUCCCCCGGGCACUGCUGCCUGGGCGCUCACCACCUCUGGGCACUGGUGUUGGAAGGCGGGAGAUGGGAGCUGAUUAAGGCCAGUUAGCAAGUGCCUGAUUAGCCUGGGCUCCUGAGUUGCUCGUGGCCUCCCUCUCCUGAUGGGGAUGAGGCCCACCCCCUCCUUCACCCACGUACCAUCUUGGGCCCUGGGAGCACCUGGGCCUCCCCAGGCUGCUGAGAGGCUGAAUAGGCCUGGUUCCUCUGAGCCUUGGUGCCCGUGCUCCCUGCGCCCUCUACGUGCAGCCUGGUUUGGGCGCUGAGCUGGAAAGAGAAAGCCCCAGGGUGUCCACACCUCUUUUUGUUUCCCUUGGAAACAGCCCUGCCUUACCCCGACCCAUCUCUGACUGAUCUGACCUGCCUCCCAGCAAGCACCCCACCUGGAUUUCCUUGACUGAGCAGCAGGCAGGGGCCAGGGCAGGACACUGGAGUGCAGCUGGAGGGCUCAGGCCUUUUCUGCUGGCACGUGUGCAGUGGACAUCCAGGAAUUCUGAACCCAGAGGGCAGAAUGGUUUUGGGGAGUCCUGGCAAGUGACAGGUGUCAGAAACAGUAUGUUGUCCACACCCAGACACCUGCUGCACAGAGCCUGACUUGACUUGGAAUGUGGAUACUGUGUGUAUCAUGGAUUCUUUUCAUUCUGAUUUGUUAAAAUACUGCAUUGAUACAUGACUUACCUUGAUUAUUGAAUGUUUUGGGUGCCUGUGAAGUUGGGCAUCCAAGGCGAGUGCCUCACCUACCCGCACCCUGCUCUGCCUGCCCCUCACCUGGGCCCGUGAAUGGGACUUAGGUGUCACUGUGAAGUAGGUUUUCUGUUUUCUAGAAGCCCGUCCGCCCAGGCCUAAGUGGGACGGUAGCUCUCCAGGAGUGUCAGGUUCAAAUAGCACGACUGAAGGCAGGCGGCGUCUGGGUUUUUAUUUGGGGCCUGUAACUAAGGGUGUCCUUAGUUACAGCAGCCCCCUUUUUGGACACGGACCAGGGAGCUUCAGAAGAUUCGUGGAAUUAAAAGAUAAGUCUAUUUUACAAAAAUAAGUCCUUUUUUUUUUUUUUUUUUUUUUUGGGAGAACCUAUGUAUGGUUUUCUCAUUAUCUGCCUUUCCCAUGAGCUUUUAGGAGAUCCUUCGUGGGUGCUCUGGGUGAAAGGAAGUGGCCAUGGCAAAUCCAGUUCUCCCAUCUUCAACCCCUUUGGAAUACGCACGCAUUCUGGGAGGUGUAACCAGGCCUCAUUCAUCCUCCCUGCCAGAUUUCACAAGGGCGGAAGUGAGUGGAGGCGUUUUCACUCCCUCGUACACCAGCCCACCUCUGUGGCUGCAAACUGUUGCCCAUCGCACCUUCCACCAGGAGCAUUUUCCUGCUGCCUAUCAUUCUGUUGUCUUGACCUCACUCUGAUCAUUCGUCUCCCGAAGCCAUGCUGGCCAUGGCCAACUUCUUCAUCAUCAGAGCAAGGCAUGGGUUUAUCCUGGCCCAGGCACAGGGACUAAUAUUAACUAAGAAAUAUGGAUUUCUUCUGUGUGAGAGGCUCUGUCCUAGGGAUUUAUGUACAUGUGAGGUCACUUCAAAAAGCCCAUGAAAAAUGGAGUUAAAGAAUACAUUUAUUUUGCUGCAAAAAAUAAUUUUAAAUAAGUUCAUGAAAGUGCAUAUGUUGAAAAAACUAUGCAUGGGGCCGGCGCUGCAGCUCAAUAGGCUAAUUCUCCGCCUGCGGCGCCAGCACACUGGGUUCUAGUCCUGGUCGGGGUGCCGGAUUCUUUCCUAGUUUCUCCUCUUCCAGGCCAGCUCUCUGCUUUGGCCCAGGAGGUCAGUGGAGGAUGGCCCAAGUGCUUGAGCCCUGCACCCGCAUGGGAGACCAGGAGAAAGCACCUGGUUCCUGGCUUCGGAUAGCGCAGCGCGCUGGCCAUAGCGACCAUUUUGGGGGUGAACCAACGAAGGAAGACCUUUCUCUCUGUCUCUCCCUCUCUCACUGUCUAACUCUGCCUGUAAAAAAAAAAAAAAACUAUGCAUGGAUUUCAAAAAAAAUUUUACAUCAAAAUAAACUUUAUUCUAUUUUUAAAUGUUUAUUUUUAUUUAUCUGAAUGGCACAGUUGAUGGAGAAAGUUUUCCAUCUGCUGAUUCACUUCCUAAAUGCCCAAAAUAGCCAGGGCUGGGCCAGACUGAAGUCAGGAGCCCAGAACUCCAUCUGGGUCUCCCACGUGGGUGUCAGGGAUCCAAGUACUUGAGCCAUCACCUGUUGUCUCCCAGGGUGCAUUUGCAAAAGGCUGGAUCAGAAGCAGAGGAGCCACGAAUCAGGGGAACACUCUGAUAACGAAUGCUGGUUCGUUGUAAGCAGCAGCUUAACCCAUUGCACCACACUGCCCACCCCUUUUAACUCUGUUUCUCCAUGAACUUUUUGAAGUACCCUCAUAGAACUUUUGACUCCUUGCAGGGCUGUGGAAGCUGAGGCAGCGUGGCUGUGUGCGCUGCCCAGGUCACACAGCCCGGAAGCUGGUUACUGCUCUGCUGGGUUCCAGAGUCCCUCGUCUACCCCCGAGCAUGUUUCUAGACCACUACUCAGAAGCCCUGAAAUGCGGUUGGCAGGGGUUCGCUCCACCUGGGGCUUGGAGGUGUUGAUCCCGUGGCUCCGAGUCCAGUCCACCGUUUCCCCACGACUGCUCUUCACAACAGCUUCCCCAUGCUGUGCGCCCUGUCCAUCGAGCUUGGAAGCCUUUACUGUAGCUCCUGUGUCCUCCUCGGGACCUUGAAACUGGACUUUAGCCUUUGUGUCGUAUUGAGCCACAGGCCCUUGGUUCCCAGUUGUAGCAAAGAAGGGAGGGCAUGAACUUGUUAACUCUCUCCUCUGAUUCCCCUCACCAACCAUCCUGCACAGUCACCCGCAGCCACACACACACACACCCCACCCAGGUACCUCCUAGGCCAAGACUGCAUCUUUUAGAGCCCUGAGGAAAGGAGUUGGAGAUGGACUUUGCUGAGUUUAAGAAGGUCUUUGGGAUUUCCACCCCAUUAGGACCUUUGGGUCCAGGUGGAGUUUGCCUGUGUGUGUGUUCAGUCCCUCCGUAGUUAGCAACGGUUUUCACCCCUAGCUGUUUACUCUGGUGUCUUGUCCCUGUGUCCUCGCCCUGCGUCCUUGAAUUCCCAUGUUGCCUUGGGAUUUAAGUUAUUGUAUGUUGUCAACAAUAUUUAAAGAUGGAAAAGUCCUGAAGGAAACUCAUCAGGUUCUUUCCUUUGCUUUUUGUUUUUCUUUCGAGGUACUGUAAAUUGUUAACUAGGGAUGCCAAGCAGGCUUGGUUCAAUGGCUUAAACCUCUUACUGUAUUACAGUGUAAUGCUGAUCUCAGCCUGGUCCCAACGCCAGAGCACACAGAGACUGGAA